AUGACUACAAACAACACCCCCCAAUACGACUCCAUGGCCAAUUACACAGUCAACCACUGGGUCCGCCCAACGCCCGCAAACCAGGGCACGCGCCGCAGCGCCGCCGGCCGAGGAUUGUUUUCUGGAUUGCAGGAUGUCAAGCAUUACAAUGUCGAAGAAGGGUGGGCAAAGCGACAGGUUGUUGAGGCGCCGGAGCAGAAAAAGGCGGAGGGGUUUUGGGCGUGGUGGUUUGGGAAUCGCAUGAGUAGCGAACUUUUCGAAGAUAAAGUUGCUGGCAAAGUUACAAGUGGCGCUCUCUUGACCGCCGCGGCCGCCCUGAUGGGCUCGGCCAUGGCCAGCGACCACCGCCGUCACGGCCACGAGGCUUUCCACCACCGUCGUGAUCUCGAGACUCCGGCCAGCACCUGUGGCUGCACCACCAGUGUCAUCACCUACUGGGGCUCUCCUACCAUCAUUCCCUUCUCUGCUCCUCCUACCCCAUCCCCGGAGCCCACCACCACCUCGACCACCACCACGACUCUGCACUCGACCAGCUACGCCACUGUGACUGUCGAGGCCUCGUCGUCGGCUCCCCCUCCUCCGCCUCCCUCCCCAACUUCCACAACUUCCAUCGCGCCGCCUCCCCCGGCUCUGCCAACUCCCUCCACCACCGUGUUCCCCAGCACUGGUACCUGGACUAUCCCGGCCACCACCAUCACCAUCACCUCGGAGACCUACGUGUGCGGUGCCACCUCGACCACUGUCCCCAGCGGCACCCACACCGUUGGUGGCGUGACCACCGUCGUUGAGACCUCCACCACCAUUGUCUGCCCCUACGCGACCACCUCGCCCUCUGGUACCACCGUGACCGACGUCAUCGAGACCACCACCUACAUCUGCCCAACCCCUGGUACCUACACCAUUGCUCCCAUCACCACUGUCGUGCCCGCCAGCACCACCAUUGUCUGGCCCACUCCUUCGACCAUCACCACUGGUACCUACACCCAGCCUGAGCAGACCGUCGUUGUGACCGAGACUUCCUUCACCUACACCUGCCCGGCUGCCACUGGCCUGCCCACCAGCAGCAGUGCUCCUCCCCCAGCUCCCGUCCAGACCACCACUUCUGCUGCUCCUCCUCCUCCCCCGGUUUCUACUACCUCCACCUCGGCCAGCGUUGCUCCCUCUCCUUCCAGCACCGGUGGCUCGUCCCCUGGAGGAUCUUCUCUCGGACAGGUCCCCGACUACGCCAUCACCUACACUGGCUACAACUCCGACUCUGGUUCUUGCUUGGAUGCUAGCCAGGUCAAGUCCGACCUCCAGAAGAUCAAGGGCAAUGGUUUCCACGCCGUCCGUCUCUACUCGACUGACUGCAACCAGCUGGAGACUGUCGCCAGCCAGGCCAUUGAGUUGGGCUUGAAGGCCAUUCUCGGUGUUUUCAUCAGCUCGGAGGGUAUCAGCUCUGGUACCAGCCAGGUUGAGGACAUUGUCAGCUGGGGUACUUCCAAUGGCUGGAAGAACAUUGAGUUCAUCGUUCUCGACAACGAGGCUAUCAUGGACAGUUACUGCACUGCCUCUGAGCUCGCCUCCUUUGUUACCAGCGCCAAGGCUACCAUCAAGGCCGCUGGUUACGAGGGUGCCUUCACCAUCUCGGAGCCUCUCAACGAGUGGCAACAGUAUGGCGAAACCUUCUGUGAGGUUGUCGACUUUGCCUCUUCCAACAUCCAGGCCUUCUUCAACGGUGCUGUGACCGCCGAGCAGGCCGGUUCUUUCGUUGCCGAGGAGGUUGCUCUGCUGAAGAAGAUCUGCCCCAAGAGCGACGUGGUCUUUGUCGGUGAGUCCGGCUGGCCCACCGCUGGUGACUCCAACGGCGUUGCCAUCCCCGGUGCCUCUGAGCAAAAGGCUGCCAUGGACGCUAUCCGCAAGGAGUGCGGUACCUUCACCGCCCAGUUCUCCUACUCCAGCGACAAGUGGAAGUCCCCAGGCUCUUACGGUGUUGAGCAAUUCUGGGGCCUUGCUGAUAUGUUGACCCUCUAA